GGUGCCGUGGCCAGGCGGGCUGGGAUAAAAGCGGCGAGGAGGAGGGAGCCCUCGCAGCCAGUGCCUUGCACCUGGAGCAGGAGCCAUAGGCUGAGCAGAGCCCGCCAAGACCAUGUGGAUGCCCAGGCUGCUGGUCGCCAGCCUGCUCUGGGGGGCCCUCGCCUCCACCCACACCAAACUCAACGAAGUCCAGCUCGGCAACGGCCAGAGCUGCCCGGCGCCCAGGUGGAUCGAGCACGGGAAGGUGGAGCACCUGGCCCGCUACCAGUGCGACCCCUACUACCGGCUGCGCAGCCGCGGUGACGGCCUGUACCGAUGUAGCCAGCAGCACGUGUGGUUGAAUGAAGCAGCCGGAGAGGAGCUGCCCAUUUGUGAGCCAGUGUGUGGGAAGCCCAAGAACCCGGCCAGACAGGUGCAGCGCAUCAUUGGGGGCAUGAUGGCAGCCAAGGACAGCUUCCCCUGGCAGGGCCGGCUGCUGAGCCGGCACAACCACACUGCGGGGGCCACGCUCAUCAGCGACCAGUGGCUGCUGACGACAGGCAGGAACCUCUACCUGGGCCACAGUGAGAACAGCACACUGGAUGAAAUCGCUCCCACCCUGCAGCUCUUUCUUGGCAGGGAGACGCCUGCCGGGGCUGUCGAGCGCAUUGUCCUGCACCCUGAGUUCCCGGGGGCUGUGGACCUGGCCCUGCUCAAGCUCAAGCACAAGGUGCCCGUUGGAGAGGCCAUCAUGCCCAUUUGCCUGGCCCAGAAGGACUAUGCAAAGGUGGGGAGGGUGGGCUUUGUCUCUGGCUGGGGCUGGAACACCCUCCUGGAGCACCCAAAGCACCUCAAGUACGUCAUGCUGCCUGUGGCCGACAGCGGCAGCUGCCAGGCGUACUACCAGACACACGCCUGGCAGCCACUGCUGAACAGCCACACCUUCUGCGUCGGCAUGAGCGAGCUGCACGAGUCCACCUGCCUCGGGGACGCCGGCAGCGCCUUUGCCAUCCACGACCCUGAGGACGACACCUGGUACGCGGCCGGGAUCCUCAGCUUUGACCGCAGCUGCUCAGCUGCCAAGUACGGCGUCUAUGUGCGGAUGCUCAGUGUCUUGGACUGGAUCAAGGAGACCAUGGCGGCACACUGAACCCGGGCUGGGCCCCAGCCCCUGGACGCAGCCCUGAGCAAUAAAACCCCUUCCUCAC